CAGGAUUCACUUUCCAGGACUCUGAGCUGAACACACCCUCUUGUUUAUCCUGUGGGAGGAGGAUGCGUUGACAAGGAGGGGUUCAAGUUCAAUUAGGACAGCCCCCCCCCAAAAAAAAUGUUUGCACACAGAGAGGAGAGGAGAGGAAAAGAAAGCGGUCGUAGAAACAGACAGGGAAGCCCCGGUGAGCAGCUCCACUGAUGUUAAUCCAGGAGUAAAACAAGACAUGCAUUCUGUAGGCAGGUCGUGGCUGCUGCUUACAGGCUUCAUACUCUUUUAUAUCAUCUACCUGUUGUUCGGAGCUCUGGUUUUCUCCAGCAUCGAGCGGCCGGUGGAGGACAAGCUGCGACAAGAAAUGGAAGCCCUGAAGCAGGAGUUUCUGAACCAGAGCUGCGUGAACUCCGCGUCCCUCGAACUCUUUAUGGUCAAAGUGCUUACGGCCAACAAGUACGGCGUCUCUGUCCUCAGAAACUCCUCCGUUACUUCAAACUGGGACUUGGCAUCCUCCAUGUUCUUCGCCAACACUCUGGUCACCACAGUCGGUUAUGGUCACACCACUCCUCUGUCUGACAAUGGAAAAGUUUUCUCCAUCCUCUACGCCCUGAUAGGAGUCCCCUUCACCAUGCUGGUGCUCACCGCCUGCGUCCAGAGGCUCAUGUACCCGCUGGUCCUCGCUCCCGUCAGCCUCCUGCAGCGUUCAGGCAUGGAGCCUCGGCCGGCCACCGUCGUCCACUUCCUGUUGCUGCUGAUUGUGGUGGUGUUGUGCUUCUUUGUGGCGCCGGCGGCCGUGUUCAGCACAGUGGAGAUGUCCUGGUCGUUCUUGGAUGGCAUCUACUUCAGUUUCAUCUCUCUGUGCACCAUCGGAUUGGGGGAUUUCGUUCCAGGGAUGCAGCCUGGGCAGAAGUACAGGCCGCUGUACCAGGUCGGCGUCAUGGUCUACCUGUUCGUGGGUCUGAUGAUGAUGUACCUCCUGCUGCGCACCUUCCACAAAAUGGCCGACCUGCACGGCCUGACCACCUUCCUGCAGCUGCCUCGCUGUGAGGAGUCUGACCUGGACGAAGACAGGGAGCCCAUCGUGGAGAACGAACGUGAAGAUCAGACGCCUCCUAACCGGACAGAAAAAGCGCCCAGCAAGCCCCUGGAGCCGGGAUCACAGCCCUCGUACAACACCAUCAACAAAGGCUGAGCUGUGGGGAGGCAGAGAAAAGAAAAACAAGCUCUACCUCUGGUGACCCCUUGGUCUUGAACCAGUGAUGAAACACCCAGACUGGUGGGCUGAAUCUGAAUUCUUGUCUUUAUUUUUUAAUUUUGUCUUCGCUAGUCUCCUUGUUAAAAACAUCCAUAGGAGAGAGCUUAAUAAUAAUGAGGAAUUUAGAUGAGAUUUAAGAUUCAGCCUUUGUGACUUGUUUGUGAGUGGUUACAACACAGCUUUCCGCACAUACGAAAGGACUAUCCUAACUUGACUACGGGAACCCCCUGGGCUGAAAGGCACAGAUGUUCCUUUUCCUCCUCUACACUGGUGCAACUGUGGUAUGUUCACCGUAAAGGCUUGGCUGGUGUGUUUACAGCCUCAGGAUAGCACAUGAAGGGCUCAGACUUUUUAUACAUGAUUAGUUGUCGUCAGAUCACUUUUGUCUUGCAUAUAUUUUUGUCACACUGCUUUUUGUGCCACAGGUUUGGGCUGUUAGUUCAGGACUAACAAAUCUUGUAUAUAAUUGUGCUGAAACUAAGUCUUGGUUAUAUACUUGCCAUUUCAACUUUACAAAAAGCUUUUACACCUUUAACUCCAUUUGUUUUUAUUUGGGUGCGUUGUUCAGCUCCUUCACUUUAUAUUUCACAUAUGCACAUCAUGGCCAAAACACCUCCAGACUAUUGACCAGACCGUCCAGUCAUAUUUAUAGCCAGGAUUGGCCUUUUACUUACUUUUGCACCACUUUAGUGCCCCACUUAAGUAGAUCUUCACAAGCAUGAAUGAUCCCAACUGCAGUGAAUCUGUUAAACCUUUAGAUCACUUCCUCAAAUAAAGGUCAAAUGUGGGCCUACGCUGAGCAUUUCAAACUCUGGGUACGUUAACUGGAACAUAUUUCUUAUUUAAUCAGAUUUCCUGUGUGAAAGUAGUACGUUUCCUGUGUCUGGGUCCGCCUUGAAGAGUACAGACCAGCAUUGUGUCUGUCCUCCUUUAUGGUGCUUCCCCCUGGUGUCUACAUGUUUGUAGCACAUGUUUCUACACCACCAGAACAGAAAUUAAUAGGGUCAAAGGGUUGGAAUAGAGGGACGGACGAAAAGAAUUUAAAAGGAAGGAGAUGACUGAGGGCAUGAUUCAUUUCAAUGAAAAACCAAAUGUCACUUGUCAAACACAACCUGUUCUGUGUGAUUUACACUGUCUGGAUUUUAUCGACCACUCUGAUGUUCACAAGUUAUCUUUCUUUUACUAUCGAAGUUGUAGUCUAACAAAAUUGUAUCCUGAUACUGUAAAAUAAAUCGUCUCUGUCCAUGUUGGUGUAUAUGUUGUAGUUUAGUGAUCAGUUUAACAUGUAUUCACAAUGGACAACCAUAAAUUAAAAAAAAUUUGCCUGUA